CCAACUUCCUGCGAGAGGUAAAAUACCUGGCCAGGUUCCUGGUCAGCUUCUCUGGGGGAGGGAUUUGCACUGCAGGCACUUUCUCCACGUAGCUCGUUUUUGCAUUCCAGCUUCAGGGGGUUGCAUGGAUUUCAGCUCCUAAACUUCUGAAGGAAGAAGUUUUUCAAACUGCCCAUGGACCGAGUCACCCACAAAACUGGCUACGCUGGGUGAACGACGUCCUGGAUGACUGUUGCAUCCUCCUAGUUUCCACACAGUCAAGGCAGAUGAACUCCGAGACGGCCCACUGUAUGCAAUGUCUGCAACAGAUCCAUAAGGUAAUCAGCAAGGCCAAUGAGAUCCUCGCCGGAAUAAGCCAGCCAUCUGUCUGCAGUGAAGUGCUCUUGUCUGCACAAGGGACCACGUACAUCUUGGGACUGUCGGAAGUGUACCGCGUGUCCCGGCGCUUGGAAGAGGGGUUGAGGACUCAGGAACUAGCAAGCGAGCCCCUACAGCUUGCUUUACGGCAAGUUGAUUUGGCCUGGAAUAACAUGCUGUCCUUCCUGGUUUUUGGCCAUCCUGCGUUCCACAUUUUGCUUUUGGAGGCACCUUUAGGAAGCUCAAGUUGCCAGCCUGAACCCAAUCCGGCCCCUGACCAGAUCUGCAGAGUGUGUCUAACGGAAGUGAAACAGGAGCCAGAGGUUCAUUCUGGAAACUCUAACCCCAUCCUAUACCAGGGUAACGCUUACCAUGCCAGCUGUGCCAAUUUUUGGCUGAACUGUGUGGAUUCCAGCCUGCCGAGGGAGCCGUGACCCUUUCUCUCUCCCCCACGUUCUUGAAGUUGCUGCACUCCACCAUUUCACUGGAAGGUGCAGAUGCCUGCAGAUGCUCACAGCUGGGAAGUUGGGGCUACGGAAUGCCACAGACCUACCUCAUAAAGGAGGGAGGCCGCCUCAGAAGGAAAAGGUUUUGUGAAGCUUGAACAGCUGGGGAACCAGGCUUGCAUCUUUUCACUGAAAUAAACUUAUUUUUUUUAUGGG